AUGAUAAAGAUUUUUUCUGUAAAGUUGCUAUUGAUAAUCCAAUUAAUCAAGUAACUAAUGUUAAAAAAUUAGACAAGUUGUUAGUGAAUGCAUAUUUUUCUCUUAUCAACCCAUCUUGGAUAAACCAAAUUUCGAGAUUGAAGAACAUUUAUCAGAAUAUAUAAUUAAAUAACAGGAAAAUAUUGGAUAUGGCAUCUGGAUGAAAUAUUCACCAUUUAAAGAAUAUAAUGAUUUAGGUAUCAAUCAGAUAAAUAUCAUUUAUAGUUGAUCGAUCUUCAUUAUAAUAAAAUUAUGCAAAUUAUUAAUAGAUUACAAAAGGAGGAUAAUUUAUAUAUUCUAUAGAAUAGGGAGAAACAAUGUAGAGUUUAAUAAUUGUUUUUGUCAACAUUGAUCCUGAAAGAAAGUUUAUAGAACAUCAUAUUUAUCAUAACUUUGGGUAAACAUAAAAUAAUUUAUAAUUUAUUUUUGAUAAUGAAAUAUAUGAAGGAGUAUGGAUUAUGUUUUUUGUUUAUAUUGAUGCUGAUUUAAAAAAAACCACAUAUGGAUUUUAUAAUCACAAAAAAGGAAUAUAAACUUAAGUAAUAUAUGAAAUACCUUUACUUGAAUAAAAAAUUAAACAUAUUUAAGGAGGACUUUAUUAAUACAGAGAUUAACAGUAACAAUUAGUUAUGUUAAGUAAAUUUACUGGAACAUUAUCUUAUGCUUUUACCUCAAAAUAGGAUGACAUUUCUAUAGAUAUUAAUGUUUGUGUUGAAAGAUUUAUGAGGUAUUAUUAUUGUUCAGCAUUUUAUUAUGUUUUAACAAAUUACAAUUAAGAAAUGAAGGGAAAUAGUUAUAUUAAUUAGACAAUUAUUGAAUUAGAUUCUCCAAAAUAUGCAAUUCAUGGAUGGAUAAUUUUAAAUUCAAUAAAUUAAUCUUAUCUUGAGACUACAAUAUUUAGAAUAACGAUUAAUAAAGAUUAUAAUGAUGAUCUUAAUUUAGGGGAUAGAGUUGCUCUUCUAAAAUAUUUUUAGAGUAAAAUUCCAAGAGAAAAUGGUUUUGAAAUCUCCACAUACUCUUAUUAAUUUCCAGUUAAAACAAGUUAUUAAUGCUAAGAUGAUGAUAAAAUAUUAGAAUUUAAAGAUCAAUACUCAGAACUUUUUAUUUAAUGGCAUUAAAUUUAGUACGAAUUUGGAUCAGACAGAACUAAUGGGCAGCCUUUAUUUUAAAUUUACUUUCCUUCAAUAGAUUAAAAUAGAAAAUUUUCAUGGAAUAAAUCAAUAAGGCAUUUUAAAGAAGUCUAGUUUCAAAUAUAUAUAGGCGGAGAUGACUAUGCUAAUUCUUAUCUGAAAGGAUUCAUAAGUGAAAUGUUAUUUACAAUAUUUUGUGAAUCUGACCCAAUAAUGAUUCCUCCUUGUCAUAGUACAUGUAAUACUUGUAAUGGCCCUACAAAAUAAAAUUGUCUGAGUUGUUCUGAAAAUAACUUUAGAUAUUUAUACAAAGUUGAAAACUCUUGUUUAUGUUAAGAUGGUUAUUUUGAAAACGAUUCUGGAUCCUGUGAAUCUAUGGCUAAAUUAUUUCCUUAUAUCUCAAAAUAAGAAUUUAAAAUUGGAUGUCAAUUAGAAGGAUAUGAAAUUUGUGAUGAUGAAUAGAUAGUAUGUUUAUUUGGCUAUUUUUAUUAUAAUAAACAGUGUAUUUAAUGGUAAAAAAUAUCAAUAUUUUAGUCCUAAUUAUAAUGAUAUAUAUUCAUCCACACAUUUCUCAUGCUUUAAUUGUGUAUCAUAACCAUCUGAAUUUUCUUAAAAUUUAACUUGUUUUGAAGAAGCUUAAACCUUUAAAACAACUAAGAUUAUACUUAUGAAAUUAAAUAGAAAGAUUUAGAUAAGAUUAGCUAUUAUGAAAUAUCUAUUGGUUUAGAUUAAACCUUUGAAUUAAAGUUAUGUGUUAAUUGUAUUUAGAAAAACAAGUGCAAACCUGGUUAUUUUUUCUCAAAUAAUUAAUGCUAAAACUGUAUAGAAGGUUGUUAAGUUUGUUCAGAUAUUAAUAAUUGUGAUUAAUGUUACUCAAAUUAUUAUAAAAAUAUUGAAAAUAAAUGCUAAUUAUGUAAAAUUUGUGCAACUUGCACAGGCUUUAGAGAUGAUAUCUAUUGCACGACUUGUAAAGAGAACUAAAUAUUAGUAAUUGCAAAUUGCCUUUAAUGUGGAAGGAAUUGCAAUAAUUGCGAUGAAAAUUAAUACUGUAAUUAUUGCAUAGGAUCUCCUUAAGAAUACUAUAUUUCUUUAGAUGGAAUAAAUUGUAAUAUUUGUUCUAUAGAUAAUUGCAUAUUUUGUUUUGAUUACAUUUUAAACAACAACGUUUAUACAACUUCAUUAGAUAUUUAAUUUUCAACUUUUAAUUCAGAUUUUCGCUAAGUUGAUGUAGGUUGUGCUUUGUGCAAAAAAAACUACUUUUAUAAUUAGAUCUCAUAAGAAUGUGAAUUAAAAUCAAGCUAAACUAAUUGCGAUUUUGCUGUAAUCCUUAAAUCUAAUUUUGGCUAGAAAUGUAUUAUAGGUUUGGAAAGUUUAGAGGCAAUUUAAGUUUCUUUAUGUUAAGAUAUUAAGUUUUGUUUAGAAUGCAUAAAUAAUUACAGUCAUAAUAAAAACUUUUGUAUUGUUUGUGAAGAUGGUUAUUAUUCAGAUAUUUUAACUGGAUAGUGCAAUCUUUGUCCAAAUAUUUGCAAGACAUGUGUUUAAUAAAAUAAAAAAUAUAGGGACUAUUGGAAAUGGAAUAUAAAAGCAUUUUAUAAGUUUUUUCUUAAUAGUGAUAACAAUCAUCCCUUUGAAGCUUUUGCAUCUCUAGCAGCAUAAAAAGAUAUGGAAAUUAUUUGCACCUCAUGUCUUAUUAAUUAUAUUUUGA